AUGCAGUUUCUGGUUCGUCUGGAAGUUCACGGGCGACAUCCAACCUGUAACUUCCUGUUGGAGGUGGAGAGAGACCAGGCGGAGUGUGUGAGGAGGCUGAGGGAGGAGGACGCUGCUGGCAGCCAUAAAGAGCCGGGAUGCAAAGGAACGUGGGACAGCAUUGCAUGCUGGGAGCAAACCGAGAUUGGAGAGACCGUCACCAUCGCCUGUCCCCGAGUCCUCACGACUGUAUUCGGCAGAAACGGUAACAUCAGCAGGAACUGCACGUCAGCGGGAUGGUCGGACGUUUUCCCGAACAUCACCAGCGCUUGUGGCUCGGACACCAUCCAGGACAAGCUGGUCUUCUACGUGGUGGUGAAGACGUUGUACACUCUGGGUCACAGUCUGUCUUUGAUCGCCCUCACCACAGGGAGCGCCAUCCUCUGUCUGUUCCGGAAGCUCCACUGCACCAGGAACUACAUCCACCUCAACCUCUUCUUCUCCUUCGUCCUGAGAGCCGUGGCCGUGCUGGUGAAAGACGACAUCCUCUUCAACCGAACCUCGCAGUGCUCCAACCAGCCGUCACUGGUGGGAUGUAAAGCCAGCCUGGUGUUCUUCCAGUACUUCAUCAUGGCCAACUUCUUCUGGCUGCUGGUGGAGGGUCUCUACCUCCACAUGCUGCUGGUCGUCAUCUUCUCCGAGAACAGACACUUUGUCGUCUACAUGUUCAUCGGCUGGGGAAUCCCCACGGUGUUCGUCUCUGCGUGGGUGAUGACGAGGAUUUAUCUGGAGGACACGGGGUGCUGGGAGAGAAAUGACAACCCCAUACCCAACUGGGUGAUCAACGGACCAAUCGGAUUCUCUAUCAUGGUGAACUUUAUCCUCUUCAUCAGCAUCAUUCGCAUCUUGGUUCAGAAGCUGAGGUGUCCUGACGUGGGCGGCAACGACCAAUCACAAUACAGGAGAUUGGCCAAAUCUACUCUCCUGCUGAUCCCUCUGUUCGGGAUCCACUACGUGGUCUUUGUUUCUCUCAGUGAAUCCAUUGCAGAAGCUUAUAAAAUAUUCUUUGACCUGGCCCUCGGAUCCUUUCAGGGUCUGGUGGUGGCCAUUCUGUACUGUUUCCUAAACAGUGAGGUUCAGGGCGAGCUAAAUAGAAAGUGGCGGAGUAUAUGUCUGAACUGCCGUCUGAGCAGAGACCACCACUUCAACAGCACCUUCGCCUCCAGGAACGGUUCAGAUCACAUGGUGCAGUUUCACCGCAACUCCCGAACCCAGUCCAUCCUGCAGUCAGAGACCAUAGUGCUGUGAGGACCUGAGGGGAUACCCUUUAAAACAAACAGUCUCCAGGUCGAAUAGUUUUUACAAAAUGAUUUUAACACAACGUUGAGGUGAAGUACCACAUGGGUGGGACCUGCACAUCGCCCCAGAGCAUAUUUUGGUUUUAGCUUUACAAAUCUCUACGAGCCUUCAAAAUGUACCUUAAGUGGACCUGAAGCAGUUCUGAUCCAUCCUUUGAGGGUGUGCUUGUGUUUGGUUUCAAGAGUUUUUUACGUUGUGUUAACUGUGCAAGCCAAGAAAGAACGGAUCUCCAGCAACCUCAUAUUUUGUCAGUUUUUCCAUGACGUGUGAGGUAAGAAAUGUACGUACUUCUGUGUAUGUUAAAGGCAUUGGUUAAAUAUCUAUGAAGAAAUAUGUGUAAGAGAAACAGUUCCAAUCUUCUCGUCAUGGGGAGCAGAGCUGAAGACUUUAGAUUGAGUCAUCGAGUUGCAACCACGUUGCAGCCGUUGCACUGCCGUGUAGGGGACAUAAUAUUGUGACAAUGCAUGUGGUUGAUGUACGUGAAACAUUUACGAGUGAAAAUUAGUAUUUUUGUGAAGCCGAGCACAUUAGCGACGGAGGGAAAUCUUGAAAUACGGUCAUGUUCGUGAGUUACUAUAACUUACAUGGAAUUACAGACUGUAUAUAAGAAGUGUACAUGGUCACUGUGACGUCACCC